AUGGACGUUCAGACGGAGAACCUUCGGCUCGCCAUGAAUUAUGCCGAGCAGAAGCAGGACAUCAUCGACGCCUUGGACAAGCAGAUCGAGAAGGAACGCGAGGUCUUCAAGACGACGGUCAGUGCGAACACUGAGAAUACUCGCAAGCUCCAUGACCUGCUGCUCAAGGUUAUACAGGGUACCUGGGUCGAUGCUGACACUGCUGCGCUGAUCGCUGACCUAAAAGACCGCAAUUUGCACUUACUUCGUACCAACCGCGCUCUUCGAGGGUUCAUUAGCUUUGCCGGCAUGGAUACAAACACUCUUGCUCUCGCCAUCCAAGGUAUUCGAGCUGCCGAGGUCGACCUCUCAACACUCGGCCUUGACCGGUUCCUCGCUCUUCAUGCUUCCAAGCGUAGUCGUCAUGGAAGUGACGAUGGCAGCUCCGAUGAUUCAUCAGAGGAGAAGACCCCAGUUCCAUCUAGUCGAGGUAGCAGAGCAGGGUCGGCAGCUGAUGCCGGCGAAGGAUCGGUUGCGGCUGCUUCAAGCCUAACUCCCAGUCGUCGAGGUCUUCACAUGCCAAAGGCUUGGAAGAACAAGCCGAAAUCCAAGCGCCAGAAGACCGCCUCGCGCUCGCAAGCUUCACCUCAUUCCCAUUUCAGCCAGAUUCCUCGCCGUUCAACAUCUCGGCCACCUGCACCUUCGCCCUCAGUAGCCCAUGCCAAAUCGCCUGUGAGUCGCCCGAGGUCCCGUUCGCAUUCAGUGUCGAGUCAUCCGACUACUUCGAAGUCUUCAGCCCCUUCAACGUCCGUUCCUGCCACUCCUCCUAAGGCUGAGCCGUUGAAGGACGACCAACCUCCGGCGGUCGUGGACUUAACGCGAGAUGAGAGUAACAAAGACAUGGAAGAGGAAACGGAUGCGGAGGUGACUCGCCAAUCUUCGCUGACUCCUUCAGCAGCUCCCCAGCGCAGCAACGCGGCUUCUCCUUCGUUAAGCGCUCCUAUGCCGCCGGCUGAUGCCUCCCCACGAGCUCCUACCUCUUACGAGCUCGAUAUGCAGUUACUAUUUGGAUCUGACGACGAUGAGGAUGCUCCGAGCGGUUCAAAGGCGUCCCGUGAACCUGUGGGGCUGACGACACCUUAUCGCUCUUCCUCUGACGAAGAUACUCCGUCACCUCCCAAGCGUUCUGACCGCACACCAAUCUCCAAACCACCAUCGGUUCCGCCUUCUCGGUCUUCCCAUUCUUCCGAUAGCGAUGAGGGUGGCACCCGCGAUGCAUCUCACGAUGGUGAUGGAGCUAGCGGAGAUGAUUCCCGUGACGAUGAACCUUCGUGCGAUUUUCCAUCUGGUGAUACUGCUGGUGAUGAAGAUAUUCCGCCAUCGACCGACGUUUCUCAAGCAUCUGCUGCUGUCGAGGGCUCUUUUACCGGUGUUCCGACGACUUCUUCCCUGGGAACUUCCCGAAGCCCCGAGUCAUCUCCUCCGGUCGCUGAUUCCGCAUCCCGUGAAGCCUCGGCCAGGACGCCUCAAGCUUCGUCUCCGAUGCCAAGAGUUCUCACGAGUCCAACGAGUCCUCGUCGUCACCAUCCGCCUCCGGGGUCCGCACUGAGCCAGACUUCACUUCUUCCUCAGGAGUCCGGUCCCGGGCGAGCAACCGUCGCUACUUACACUUCUCGCCGACGGCGUGGUGAUCCAGACCCUCCAGUGCCGCUGCCGAUGACUCACCAGACAGUCCACGGCAUCCGGCCCGCGGUACUACCGUCAGCGAGUUUUCCUCCAUGGUUCGACCGUUCCUCGAUCUUGAGUUCCGUGAUCAAGGAGCCGAAAAGUGUUUUGAGCAGGUCCUGA